GUUGCAUAUCGCUACCGGAAGUGGGACUGAGACAAUGGUGUGGUGCUAGUAUCCCGAUGUGAACAUGAUGCAGUGCUACUGGCCAACUCCCGGCGGGGAACUCCAGUUCCUCACCAUCAAGGCUCUUAAUGAGUGGGACUCUAAGUUGUCAGGCAGUGUGGAGUGGCGCCGAAAACUGGACACACAGCGUGGUGCAGUGUUGGCCAACGAGUUACUUAACAAUGCUUGCAAGCUGGACUAAGUGGACUGUGCAGGCUUUACUUGCUGGCUCCGACCAGAUUAAGUUCGGGUAUGUGAGUCGGAGCCCACCAUGUGCGAAGACUCGAUCUAAGCACGUGAUCCUAGGGCACACAGCAGUAUAAGCCCAACGAGUUUGCCACCCAGAUUAACCUGAAUAAUGGACCAUGCUUGGGGAAUUCUGCGGUGCAUCAUUGGACACUCAUGCAUGAAGCAGAAAGGAUGG